CUAUCUGAAAGAAUCUCCAACUGUGCCACAAUGUCAUUUUAGACACGGCCUUAUUAACGGUUAUGACAUUGUGAUGUUGUAUCAAACCAUCGAAGUGACUUGCUCAGGGUCAAUGGUAAAAACGUUCUAGAACUAUUCCGUUACCAUGACGAAAACUUCAACGCAAACACAUGUAAGAACCGAGCCACACAUACCAACAAACACAAGUUACUACUCCUUCCCAACGAAGCGCUUCAUUUGAGCAAAAACAUCAGGCAGAAUGUUCAGUAAGUUCAAAAGUGCCUAUGACAGUGCGAAGAAGAAUGUGGACGCUGCCCUCGCCAAGUUCCACGGCAAAGACGACGACUUGUCGGACGUUGACGCUAACCAGUACGGGCGCGACAUCAGGCUCUGCGCGGCGGUACUGAAGGACCCCGGGGCUUCGGACGAGGACAAAGUCACGGCUAUCAUGACCAUGGGACACUUGGCGUUCACUGGUGGAGAUUGUUCCAAAGCAGCGCUGGAGUACGUCAGUAAAAUUGUCUUCGUAUUGAACGAGUCGACCUCGUCCGUGAGACUGCGGAUAGCCUGUAUGGCUGCUCUAGGAGAGUUUUGCAUCUGUUAUUCUGACGACGCUCUUCUGGCUGAAUUUCGCAAACUCGGCCUGGUUCAAAGUCUCAUCAACAUGGCCAGCAGUACGGGAGAACCGAACCUCCAGCGGUGGGCGUGCUACACGCUCAAAAUCAUGGUGUCCGAUGACGCCACGACUCUGAACAUGACCUCUGACAUUCUGAACGUUGACCUAAAGCUGAGACGCGCACGCGCACUGGACUGGUCCGACUGGAACGACAACGAGGCUGACGUCCUACUAAACAUACUUGGCUUCGGGGACGACGUCUAACUGAUAGAAUGUCACAAUAUAAAAUGUCACAAUAUAAGACUAUUAACCAUAGACUUACACUGUAUUACCUACGAUGCUUCUUGUUAGCAAUGUUAGGUAUUCUGGAUAAUAAGUUAUUUACUUAAUCUGAAAGUUAUAAUACAGAAUGUCUUGAUACUACGUACUGUUCAGUGUUUUUUGUUCUCCAAGAAUUCGUCACAAAAGAUAGAAAAGACAAACCGAAGACUAAGGAAGGAAACAAGAA